AUGUUACCCUAUAUCGAUAGCUUGUUCGCAAUUCCUGCUCGGCUCACAGGUUCCUCUGUUGAUGAGCUCAAGCUGAUCGGUUCUUUCCUGUUUUCCUUCCCACUCGCCGCCUUGCUGAAGCGCAUCCCCGACGCUCAACCCUGGAAGAAGAAUGCCUUCAUUAUCGGCGUGUCCCUCCUAUACAUAAUCGGUCUCUUUGGUCUUUGGGAUGGUCUGCGAACACUGCUGUACAGCGCAGCUGGGACAUACGCCAUUGCAUAUUACAUAGAUGGUUCGUUGAUGCCAUGGAUUGGUUUCAUCUUUUUGAUGUCCCACAUGUCGAUCAGCCAUAUCUACCGUCAAAUCGCAGAUGAGCCGGGGGUAGUGGAUAUCACGGGAGCUCAAAUGGUCCUCGUGAUGAAACUGUCGUCUUUUUGCUGGAAUAUACAUGAUGGUCGUCUGCCGCAGGGGCAGCUUUCCGAUGCGCAAAAGUACUCGGCUGUUACCGAGUUCCCCAGCAUCGUCAACUACCUAGGCUAUGUCCUCUUCUUCCCCUCGCUAUUUGCCGGUCCCCCUCUCGAAUAUGUCGAUUAUUGCCGUUGGCUCGAUACCACUCUGUUCGACAUUCCCCCAGGUACUGAUCCAUCUAAGGUACCACCGACUCGAAAGAAGCGCAAGAUUCCCCGCAGCGGUACGCCGGCCUUCAAGAAGGCCGCGGUAGGACUGCUUUGGAUUGGUCUAUUUGUAUACCUUGGUGGGAUCUUUACAACCGACUUUGUGCUCUCUGACGCGUUUAUGGAGCUCGGUUUCCCACGCCGCAUGAUCACUGUAUACCUUCUCGGCUUGACCGCUCGCCUUAAGUACUACGGAGUAUGGUCUUUGACCGAGGGCGCCUGUAUCCUAUCUGGUAUGGGUUACAAUGGUUUUGAUCCCAAGUCUGGUAAGGUGUUCUGGAAUCGAUUGGAAAACGUCGAUCCCUGGGGCUUGGAAACCGCCCAGAACUCACACGCCUAUCUUGGAAGUUGGAAUAAGAAUACCAACCACUGGCUGCGCAACUAUGUCUAUCUACGUGUUACUCCAAAGGGGAAGAAGCCUGGUUUCCGUGCUAGCAUGGCUACCUUCGCUACGAGUGCCCUCUGGCAUGGCUUCUACCCUGGUUACUACAUGACUUUUGUAUUAGGCUCAUUUAUUCAAACUGUGGCCAAAAGUAUGUGUUUGUUUGAUCCCCUCGGCUAUCCUAACAUCUUACUUACCGCCUCACUACUAGAUUUUCGUCGUUACAUCCGUCCCUUCUUCCUCACUCCCGAUGGGACCAAGCCUAUGCCCUACAAGCGUUAUUACGAUAUCUUCAGUUGGGCUGCUACUCAACUUACACUAGGCUUCGCAGUCAUGCCCUUUGUCCUUCUUAGCUUCGGUGACUCCAUGACUGUCUGGUCCCGUGUGUACUUCUACGGCAUUAUCGGCACCAUCACUUCUCUCGUUGUCUUCGCCACCCCUGUGAAAGGCUACCUCAUUUCCAAUCUCAAGCGUCGGAACCGGCCUCAUGUCAUGCGCUCCGUCAGCCAGGAGGCUAUACGACCUCCAACGUUGGGUCUUCCUCACGACCCUGAACGCGACUUCGAUGAAGCCGUGCAAGAGAUCAUUUCGGAAAUUGAGUCGCGACGUCGUCGUGGGAGUGUUGUUACCAUGCCCAGUGGCGAGGAACUUAAAAUUGCCGUUGAGCAGAAGAUCGGACGCAAGCUGUAA